AUGGUGAGAAUUGCUGUUAUUGGGGCUGGAAUCGUUGGAUUAUCAACAGCAGUGAAUAUACAACGGAAGAUAGAUGGUGCUGAGGUGAUAAUUUAUGCUGAUAAGUUUGGAGUUGACACAACAAGCGAUGGAGCUGCUGGGAUUUUCCUAAUGGCACAACCUCCUCCAGGUGUACCUGAUGAUAUUGUGAAACUAUGGCUGGGUGAAGGAUGGAAACAUUAUGAUUCUAUAGCAUCCUCAGCUGAGGCAAGUUCUGCAGGGAUACAUGUUUUAUCUGGCUAUGUAUUAUACAAUGAUGGACCAAAAGACCCACUUUAUAAGGAUUAUGUAUACCACUAUAGAAACUGUACAGACAAAGAGCUCCAAAAGAUGGGUUUCAAAUAUGGUGAAUUUGCGACAACACUUAUUGUGGAGGGUCGAAGGUAUCUUCCAUGGAUCACUAAGGAGUUCAUUAAAAAUGGUGGUAAAUUUGUCAAAAAGAGGCUUUCAACGCUUGGAGAUAUAGGCGACUCAUAUGAAAUCAUAGUAAAUUGCUCAGGACUGGGAAGUCGGGAACUAGUUGGUGAUGCCAAGACUUAUCCAAUACGGGGCCAGGUUAUAAGGGUGAAGGCUCCCUGGGUUAAACAUUUCUACUAUGACACACAAAAUGUUGUAUAUGUAAUUCCUGGUGUAGAUAAUGUGACACUUGGAGGCACAAAGCUGGUUGGUGAUGAAGAUAAAGUUGUAAGAGUAGAAACUAGAGAUGAAAUUCUUCAAAACUGUUGUACACUUGUGCCAAGUUUAGCCAAAGCAGAUUUCCAAUGGGAUUGGGUGGGCCAGAGGCCAGGCAGGUCAACUGCAAGAGUUGAGGCUCAAAUCGUAAAUAUCAAUGGCAAAGCACAGAAGGUGGUGCAUAACUAUGGCCAUGGAGCAGUUGGGAUCACCCUAAGCUGGGGUUCAGCAGUACAUGCUACCAACCUCCUUAAAACUCUUCUAAGCAAUACAAACGCUAAAUUAUGAAACAUUAGGAAAAUUUUUUAGCAAUUUUUUAUAUCAAACAUUUCAAAACCAUGGUUUUACCAGCACAUUAUAUCACGUAUUAACCAAAGGAAAGAGUUGC